UUUUUCAGUUAUAGUUUAUGGAAGUUGGGAAAUUAAGAUCAAUGUUUUCUCUGCCAUAUUACAGACACAUAACUUUUGUUACAUCCGCUAUUGCCAGCUCUUUUUUAAUCUCAAAUAAAAAAAUAAAUAAGUAUUUUUCAUUUCAUUUCGUUAAUGCACAGACUAAACAAGAUACUGUGAUGAUACAAGAUGGUAAGCAAGAUAAAGAAGCUGUUCAAUUUACUAAUCAAGUUAGCAUUCUGAAAAGUAAUAAAAAACAGAAAAACAUAUCGAAAAUUUUAAAAUCUCAAGAAUUUAGCAGAAAAAUUGAUAGCAAUUUUUAUAGUCCAGUUUCUUGGUUUGAAACAAAUCAUUACAGUGCAAAUAAUCCCAUUGAAGACAGACACUGUGAAUGCUCUCUUUUAAAGAACAAUGCUUUUUUUUUUGGCAUUUUUGAUGGUCACAGUGGCUGGCACUGUUCCGAAAGUUUAAGGUUAAACCUUCCUCUGUAUGUCUCAUUAGCCUUUUCAAAUGACAAUCUUCUUAAAGAUUUUAACUCAGGAAAGUUAUCUCAAAAAGAUUUUGUUCAAUACUUAGGAAAUCCUGAUGAUAAUUGCCUAACAUUUGCUACUCCAAAUGGUUAUAAAAGCAAACAAGAUAAGUUAAAAACUGGUCCUUGUAACUUUGCACAAUUUAUGAAUACAGAAAAAUACAGCACAAGUGAAAUUUUACAAUAUGCUUAUUUGUCAAUGGAUAGAGAUAUAACACUAGAGGCUAUACCUGAUGGUGAAUGCAUUGAACCAAUAUGGACAGGCCUGUCAGGAUCUGUUGCCAUAGGAGCUUACAUAAAAGAAAAUGAUGUUUUCGUUGCAAGCACAGGUGACUGUAGAGGUGUUCUUGGAGUUAAAUCAGAUCAAAAAUUAUGGUUAUCUAUUCCUUUGAGUGAAGAUCAUACAGCAGAUAAUAUAAAUGAGGUUUUGAGAAUAAAAAAGGAACAUCCAAACGAAGAACAUACUGUUAUUUUACAAUCUCGUUUACUUGGGCAACUUCAACCUUUGCGUUCAUUUGGUGAUGUUAUCUACAAAUGGUCAAAAGAAUUACAUCGACAAGUUUUAGAUAUCAUAUAUGGAUAUGCUGUUGUUCCUAUUUCAAUUUACAAGAGUCCCCCUUACUUGACAGCACAACCCGACAUAAUGCAUAAAAUACUUAAUAAAGAUGAUCGAUUUAUUAUUUUAGCAUCUGAUGGGUUGUGGGAUACUGUUUCAAAUGAUCAAGCAGUUCAGAUUAUUGGAAAAUAUUUAGAUAAUUUAGAAAAUGGAAUUAAAGAUGAAGAAAAUGGUGCUACUAAAUUAAUAAGAUAUGCUUUGGGUCAAGGAGACAAUGAUAGAUUAUAUAGUAUGCUAGAAUUACCUCAAAAAGUCAAGCGUAACUAUCAUGAUGACAUAACUGUGACUGUCAUAUACUUUGAUUCUAAAUUGUUUCCAUGUAACUCUAAGUUAUAAAGAUUAAAUAGAUGAAUAUUUUUGUAUACGCUUAAAUUUAAAGCUAAAUUGUUAAAAAAGCAAUUAAAUAA